AGACGCUUUUGCAAACAGCCCGCCUGCCGCUUCCAGCGCUACUUUUCUUUCUCCAGGAGACGCGCAUGAAGACCUGUUGGAUGUUACUAAAAGCUUUCUGUGGCUGUUGUGCGGAGUUGACAAAAGUGUGACUACUUUUUUUCUCCCUCACUCUCUUCAGUGACAUCUUAUGUGACAACUUUUUUGGGACCUUCCAUCUCGGACUUUAUUGGUGGAACAGCAGGUUAAUUGCAUUUCAAGUUUCCGAUCAGUACAAGUGGAUUAAAAUCAGUAUUUGAUGGGCAAAAUGAAUAACUCUGUGAAAUAACUCCAAAGGAUUUCAAGCGUUAAUCCCAGUGUGACUUCUCCUCUGGUGGAGUGAAGAUGUUUCGGAGUGUGUGUGUGCCGGCGGCACUGCUGACUUUACUGGUGCUGACACUUGUGGUGCCCAUGGGCCAGGCCUGUCCCAGGAGCUGUAACUGCUACCAGGCCAGCGAAGUGCACUGUACCUUCCGCUCCCUGCUCACUGUACCUCCUGGCCUGCCUGUACAUACACGCCGCAUAAACCUAGGAUUCAACAGCAUCAGCAGCAUCCAUGAUAGCUCUUUGGCUGGGCUAAAGAAGGUGGAGCUUCUGAUGCUCCACAGCAAUGACCUCUACCAUCUCCCAGAUGGAGCAUUCAGGGAUAUGAAAUCACUACAGAUACUAAAGCUGAGUUAUAACAAGCUGAGAGAGAUCUCUUCAUCUCUGACCUUCUCUGGCCUGACCUCACUGCUGCGUCUGUACUUGGAUCACAACCUCCUCCAGCACAUCCACCCCCGGGCCCUGCUCCAGCUGCCUAGCCUCAGGCUGCUGCGUCUGCAAGGGAACAGGCUGCAUCAGCUGCACCCUCAAACUCUGUGCACAUUGUCCCUCCUGAAUACAUAUUAUUUCUCCACACUCAGACACCUAGACCUGUCCAACAACAGUCUAACUACUCUGCCCAGAGAGACAUUAGCCACAGCGCCUCUGCUGGAGACUCUUGUGCUGCAGGCGAAUCCAUGGAGCUGUGACUGCAGGAUGAACUGGUUUCUCACUUGGAGUCUGGCUCAUCCAGGCUUAAUGAAAUGUCCCAGCGGCCCUCAGUGUCCAAUCUGCGCCUCGCCUAAUUCCCUUCAAGGUCAGGGCCUACUUGAGAAGGCUGACCUAUCGUGCACCUCACCUGUCAUCCCCUCCCCUGGAAGAGACACACCUUUGGAGGCAGAACUCGUUGAAAUCCAAUCAAGUGAAUCCUUCAGAGAGCCUUUAGGCACUGCAUCUCUGGGUCUGUCUGAUCACCAGGGUAACAGUGUCGAUCUGGGUUGCAACAUCACUCACUCUUCGGAGUCCCAGGAUGUUGCUCCUCCUCCAGAUCUCUCCAUUUCCUCUUCUUCUCCUCUCCCCCUUGCACUGUCACUCUCCCUGGAGUGCCCCGUGGAGAGACACAGCUAUGAGAAACUUUGGAGAAUCCUGGCUUACUACAGUGAGACUGCAGUUCGCCUGGAGAGGGAGAUCAUGCUGAGUAAAGCCCCGGCAUUGGCCUACCGCUACAGGCAGGCAGCAGAGACAGACGGAUAUUAUCACACUGGAGUCAAAGCUUCUAUUAAAGCCAGACCACAAUGGUUGCUACAGCCAGCCAUUAGCAUUCAGCUCAACAGAGCACAAUCUAACGGACAUAAAGUUCAACUUAUAUACUCAACAAGAGUUUCUGCUCAUCCUGACCGUGCUUCUCAUCCCUCAGCAUCCUCCUCUGCCUCUCAGCAGUGGGUGAUGAUUUCAGCUAAUCAUACCACCACGGCACUGGCAGCAGUUGCAGGCAGUAAGGCGGAGCUAUUAUGUCCUGUUCUAAGUUCUGGUAACCUUGAAGUUCAGUGGGUUCUCCCAGAUGGAUCUAAGCUCAUCACCCCCUCCAGCAGCCCAGAUGGUAGGCUCCAAGCUUCAACCUCUGGUUUACUUCUAAACAAAGUGCAGCUCUCAGAUGCAGGGAUCUACUACUGCAUAGCCCGGGCAGGCAAGGAUGUAGAUGUUCUCCCCAUGCGCCUGGCAGUGGAGGAGUCCUCUGUGCCACCUUCAGGAGAGCAAAUGGCACCUCCUGUCACCGGAAAUGAUGGGGAGCCCAUCACUCUGUCCUGCCAAGCAUCUGGUUCACCGGCGCCUCAUAUGAGUUGGGUGUUACCAGAUGGAAACAUAGUAAGGCAGGGAUUAGCGGUUUCAGGUGGGCUCAUUAUGCAAUCAAAUGGGAGUCUCUUUCUGCGUAAGCCUUCUCCGAGGGAUUCUGGUCAUUACCGCUGCAUUGCGGUCAAUCAGUAUGGUAGUGACUCUCUGUCUAUGCAGCUAGAAUUAAACUCACAAUAUCUUCCUCCACUUAUGACUUCAUUUCCCAGAGGUCCACAGUCAGCCGCUGGCCGGUCAACCAAGAUACGAGCACCAUUACUAAUGGAGGAAGGAUCGGGGGCUGGAGAGGAGGAAGAAGAGAGAACUCUUGUCGCUAAUAGGGGACGGCUACGACCUCUCCAACCUCCCCCAAACAGACGAUAUCCAAUUGGAAAACCCAGAAGACGUGGACCUACGAGAGAAGGCCCCCUGAGAAGAGGAGGAGGGCCUAUAUCAUCUACUGACCAGAGAAGAAACCGAUUUGAGAACAGACGGAGAAUUACCGCUAACAAACAAAGGAUAGACCCUCAGAAAUGGGCUGACCUCCUCGCUAAGAUACGACAAAAGACUGUUCACGCCAAUAACAGCCAGCCCGUUGCAGCAGGAAAGCCCACAGCUGAGCCAGUGGGAGGAGGCAAAGGUGAAGACACAGGAAGACACGAGGGACAUGAUGAUACAGAGAGAAGCAGAGCUGAGGGAGCAGAAACAGAAGGGUCAUCUGUUGAUGACACUGAUCUACAAGAGGAAGGCCUACAGCUCAUUUACCCCGUUCACACAAAAACUCACACAGAGCCAAAUACAGACUCUGAAACAGACUCAGAGGUACAGAUGGAGACGCCAACAGAAACACAGACAGAUAAAGAGAACGAGACAGAGAGAGAGACAGAGAACACAUCUCCACAGACAGAGACAGUGACAAACCCAGUGACACAGAGAGAGACAGUCACAUCUAAGCCAAUCUCAGGAACAAAUGAAAUUGUCCCUGAACCAAGCGAAGGAGGUGAGCUAGAAGCAAACACUAGUCCAUCUAGAACCAGGCCUCAGAACCCCCGGCAGAGACUCUUCCCUAAUUUGGUUCCCAACUCCCGGCCUCAAAGCCCUUGGAACUCCCGCAGGAGAAUUGGACAGCGAAAACGAAUCAUCAAUAGGCCCAGGGGGCGCCCUUUGACCCCUCCCCGACCUCUCCCUGACCCUGCAAACCCAAGGUCACAAACUGUAACACCUGAUACAACCACAGAUCAAAUUAAUGUGUUGUUGCUGGCGUCAACAACCACAUCUCCAGCGACUGUGUUGACACGGAGUGACCAUAUUAGGACUGCUUCAAAUGAUGUGGCACUGAAUCCUCUGUCUCUACCUGCUUCUAACACUGAUGGCAUUUCCACUUUAAAAUCUGCCUCCCCCUCAUUGACUCCCUCUACCUCCUCUCUCACCUCAUUAUCCCCCUCUCACACAAAGACACAUAUAGACACUGUGACUCACUCAGACAACAUCCCAGACACUGCAGAGUCCACACUCUUCAACACACCAACACCAGCGCCCACUCGCUCAGAUACCACGACUGCACAGACACAUGAGGCGCACACACACGGCCACACACAUGGCAUACAGACACACAGAGAAGCAGACUCAGCCUCAGGCAAACAUGAUGAUAAACCCUCAAGCAAACACAGUGGAGAGCUGGAGAGGAAUCUUUGGGGUGUAUCAUAUGUGUCCCACUCCUCUACCUCUUUUUCACCCACGUCUUCCUCCAUUGUUUCCUCCACAGUCCCCACUGCAGCUACAACUACUACUGCAAAAAUCACACCUUCUACUACUCUCAAGAGCAUAUCUACUAGUACUGCUGGUAGCACUACAAGUAUAUUUACUACUACUACUAAUCCUACAGCUGGUGAUGACAUAGUGCCCACAACAACUACAACCACUGCCACGACUACAAGUCCAAGCACAUCUACUACAACUACCAGUGUUAUCCCAACAUCUAGCACCACCAGAAGUACUAUAACUACUCUUAGCUCUACUACUACUACUACCACAACUCCUAUUCUUACAUCUACUCCUGCCACUACCACUACUACUUCUUCAACUAGCCCCUCUACUACUACUACUACUACCACUACUAGCACUACAACCUCAUUCAAAGCUAUUCCCACAACUCCUAACCCCACUACUACUACACCUACUACUCCUACUAGCAGUACUAGAAUUACCAUCUUAGCUGAAACUUCUCCAACUACUACAGCAGCUACACCCAGUACAUCUACUACUACCACGGCAAUGACAUCAACAAGUACCACAGCAUCAUCCAGAGACAGACCGAGCAUCAUCCAAGUUGAUCCCAGAGGGAGGCCUGUUUCUGGGGGUUCAAACCAGAGUCAACCCCCUACUGACUGGAAGAACCCUGGGACUAAUUCUAUCCCCGAUUCACACAGCAGCAGGCCACGCUGGCCCCCUUCCCCUUCGCUUCCUGCCGCCCCUGGGGCCCCAGUGGUGAGAUCCAGGCCGAGGAUUGCAGACCCACACAUCAGGACAGUGUCGUUCCCAGCAGAGAGCACUGCCAGGCUGGCUUGUGAAGCUCAAGGAGAGCCGAAACCUACCAUCACAUGGACCAAGGUUGCUACAGGAGCGGUGAUGUCAAUCCACUCCAGGGCUCAGCGUUUUGAGGUCUUGCCAAAUGGCACCCUUGUUAUCCAGAAUGUUCAGCUGCAGGACAGGGGCACAUAUAUCUGCAGUGCACAGAGCUUUCUGGGUCGUGACAGAUUGCUAACCACCCUGGAAGUGUGGACCCGCCCCCCUCGGAUGCAGCUGGCAAGCUAUAGGGAAGCAACCAUUCAUCAGGGCAGAGAGGUGCACUUGGAGUGCCAGGCGGAUGGCGUUCCCACCCCUCUGCUCUCCUGGGUUCUACCCGAUCGUUCUGUCCUGACCUCCUCUGCCCCCUCCACCAGCCGCAUUACUGUGGACACAAACGGAACCCUGCAUAUCUCAGUAACUUUACCUAGUGACAGGGGAGUGUACCGCUGCGUGGCCUCCAACUCAGCAGGUGCUGCCAGUGCCUCUGUGCGUGUACACGUGUCCUCGUUGCCCCCGGUGAUACAGCAACCCAGAGAGGAACACCUGCUCUUGUCUCCAGGGAGGCCUGUUUAUGCUCACUGCUCUGCCCGCGGUGCCCCGCCACCAACUCUGCGCUGGCGAAUCCCAGAUGGGACUCUCGUUCGCCCAUCCCAGUUUCUCCAUGGCAACCUUUUUGUCUUGCCCAAUGGGACACUGCAUAUUCGAGGAGUUGGGCUUAAGGACUCAGGGAAUUACGAGUGCACGGCAAGUAAUGUUGUUGGAGCUGUUAAGAGAACAGUGAAGGUAGAAAUUGAACAGGGAGCAGAAGGAGAAAGGAGAUAUGGGGGAACAAGAAAUGAAGGGGCAAAAGCAGUUGCCACAGAAAAACCGUCUCCUUCAUCUUCACUACAUAAAGACAGAACUUUGUCCAUACCUAGCCACCCCUCCAAUCCAUUUAACACCGCUAGACUCUCCCCUUCACCCCCCUUUGACAGAUCCAGGACCUUUCUGCUCACCCCUGGUUCUUCUCGCUCAUCUUCUGACCCUCACCAACCCAAUCCCACUAACUCACCCUCUACAAUCAAUAAACCGGUCACUGCUUCCCCCACACACUUGCCCAGCAUCAACAAAACAAAACCCUCCCCUCUCACUCCGCCCUCCACAAAGAACACCAAAGUCUCACCUGGUAUUGGAAACAACACAAGAGCUACUUCUUCUUCCCCCUCUGACAAAAGUGGGGCCUCAGCUGCUUUGAAUCCAUUGCCCGUCUCCCCCUUCAGUAAAGCCCGUAUUGUUUCUACGUCACCCUCCAUCACUGCUGUCCACUAUGGGGGGAGUCUGCAGCUCCACUGCACUGUAACUGGCAACCCAUCUCCCAUCAUCAUCUGGAGGACGCCCAACAGGAAACUGGUGGACAUGCACUUCAGUUUUGACCACCGUCUGAAGGUGCACCCUAAUGGCACCCUGUCAGUCCAUGCAGUAACAGAGAGAGAUGCUGGAGACUACCUCUGUAUCGCACGUAACAAGGUCUCAGAUGAUUAUCGCCUCCUGCGUGUCUCUGUGGCGACCAAGCCUGCCAAGAUCGAGCCUAAGCAGCCACUCAAUCAAAUGGUGUCAUUUGGCAAACCACUGAAGGUGGACUGCCAGGCAUCAGGACUGCCUGACCCAGCUGUCCGUUGGAGCCUACCAGAUGGAACCAUGGUGAACAGCGUGUUGCAGGGGGAGGAGAGAGGAGGGCGAGCACGGAGGCUAACUGUGUUUGACAAUGGGACGUUACUGGUUCCAGCAGUGGGUAUGGGAGAGGAAGGAGAGUACACGUGCUAUGCUGAGAAUCAAGGAGGUCAAGAUACCAUGAAGGUCAAAGUAAAGGUCAUGAUGAUGUCCCCACCAAUCUUCGCUGAUGACAGAAGCUCUAACAUCAUCAAAGUACGUCAGGGAUCAACCGCCAAAAUUCGCUGCCAUGCCACAGGAGAUCCUGCCCCGACGGUGACGUGGUUUUCCCCAACGCACCGUGUCAUCCCACGAAGUUCGAGAUCUGGUUUUUAUUCUGAGCGGGUCGUAGUCGUUUCGGAUGGAACUCUGGAGGUCCGUCUGGCUCAAAAGAUCGACACGGGAAACUAUACCUGCCGAGCGAGCAACUCAGCCGGGGAGAGGAGCAUGGUGGUAGGUCUGGAGGUGGAGGCUCCUAACUAUGGACUGAGUGGCCAUGUUGGAGGAAGAGGUUGGGGUACAAGCAAUGGGCCUGGCAGUAGUUAUAACAGUAGAUCAGGAGACAGCGUUAAUAAUGCAGGGAUAAACCAGAAUGGAUUUACCAACAGAGACACGCGCAGGCUUGGCAGCAAUAACAGCAGCAGUAGUGGCUACAGGGAUAAUAAUGGCGGGAUAAGAAACACUGUACCAAACACUGGCUACACUAACAUAGCAACCAGUGGCUUUAAUCCUGCCCUCAGGGGUGAUAGUAGAGAUGGAUUGAACAAGCCUGUCAGUGGAAUCACAACACAGCUUGGUAGCAGUGUAAUCAGUGUCGGGGUGAGCGCAGGUAGGAAUGUAGGCUUUAAAGCAGAUAACGGCAGAAUAAAUGGAAAUGGACCUGGCAUUACAAGUAAUGGUAAUAGUGUGGGUAACGGUCACAGCUCAGUUAGAGGAGAUAGUGUAGAAAGAAAUUAUGGUACUAAUAAUAAUGAAGUCACUGCAGGAAAGGCAGGUAAUGAUGCUAACACCAGUAGAGACAAUGGCAGGAUAAGUGGUACUAGAAAUGUUGAGGUGUUUGGCAGCAGUGUGUCUAACAAUGGAGCUGGCACUGGCACACUAAGAGGAAAUGGGUUUAGUGCGAGUAGUAAUGUAGGAGUGAUCAAUGACAACAACAGGAAUAGUGGUGGCUCAAGUGGUACUGGUAUAGCUGUUAGUAAUACAGGAGCUAACACAGCUAUGGGUGUGGUAACAACAGUGAAGCAGCGAGCGGUGAAAGGCCAAACUGUUCUUUUACCAUGCCCCUCCCAAGGGUCCCCUCCCCCUCGUGUGGCCUGGCUUUUGCCUGGUAACGGUGUGCUGCCAGCUCCUUACUACGGCAGCCGACUCAUUGUGCACCGAAACGGCUCCUUGGAGCUGCGAGGCGUGCGGGCCAGUGAUGGCGGGACCUUGGUUUGUGUCGUUAGAGGUGAGAGAGGACAGACGCGAAUACAAGUGGAGCUGGAGGUGUCUGAGUCACAGGAGGAGGCCAGAUCUCCACACAGGGGACCGGCUGUGGAAAGGGCCGGUUUUAUAGAGGCGCCUCGCUCAUUGGAUUCAGCUCAAUCCUUGAACUCAAGGCCAGUGUUGCCUGAGACGCUUCAUCCAACAAUCCCAGUUACUCAAAAGCCUCUAGACAGAGUCCAGUCUGUACCAGCUGCACCUCGUCCAGUUGGCCCUCCACCCCGCUCAGCUAGCCCCGUCUCAGAGCCAGCAGUGAGCACCAGAACGGCUCCCUUGGUGAGCAUCAUUAAUGGAGAGACUCUUCGUCUGCAUUGCCCUGCUUCUAACACCUACGGAUACACCCAGGGCUCUCUCACAUGGACCAUGCCCAGUGGCAAGGUACUGUCCCGGGGUGAAAGUGCUGAAUCAGGCCGAUACCUAGUCCAAGAGGAUGGAACACUAACAGUGCAAAAGGCCUCUGUAUUCGACCGUGGCACCUACACCUGCAGAUCCACUAGUUCUGACCCCUCUUCAGUCUCCGUCCUCACAGUUCCCGUCAUUGUCAUCGCCUACCCCCCGCGCAUCACAGCAGGACCCUCUCCUGUGACCUACACACGACCCGGGGUUGCUGUGGAGCUGCCGUGCCUGACGAUAGCAACACCCCGGGCGACGAUCACCUGGGAAACACCAGACCUGACACAGCUGACGGCAAUGGGUCAGGCUCGUAUCUAUGGCAACCGCUACCUUAGUCCUCAGGGGUCCUUGGUGAUACAGAACCCGACAAGCAGGGAUACAGGCUUUUACAGGUGCACUGCCAAAAAUGUAAUAGGGGUGGACACAAAGGCGACCUACCUGCAUGUUAUAUAACGGGGUGAAGCAAAUACACACACACGCACACACACACACACAAACAUGCAGCAGAAAGACAGAGACACCGUCAAUCUUCUGUACCGGUGAAUGAACUCCCCUGCUGUUAACACUGUAUGUGUACUCACAUGCCCAAAGGAACUGCAAGGCUUCGUGCAGGAGAUACUGUUGAAUCUCAGAAAAGACCCUACACAUAAACAGGUAUAUGUCUAUGUAUGUAUUUUUAAUGAAUGACUUCGUUUCCAAUACUGUCUUGUUUUCCUAUCAGGAGCCGUGGGAUUCUCUGCAGAUGCAUUUUUCUCUACAAAAAUUGUGUGUAAGAAGGAUUGUUUUGUGUGUCUCAGUGGCCUAAAACACAUUUUGAAGUGAUGACGAAAGAAGUCAAGGAAAAUGCACAGCAUAUCAAGAUUGUUGCACAAAUGUAAAUGCCCACAUCUGUGCCUGUGGACUGUUUCAGUGGGGAAAUGGAGCUGCAGAAUGUUUUUUUUUUUUCAACACUGGUUUUGUUUCCCUGCCUUGUCUUAAAAUUUACCUUAAGGCAACAUGGACAAAAAAAUAUAUCUCACUCCAAAAAUAUGGUUUUGUGCUUAAAAACCCUGCAGCUUUUGGUUUUUACCUUGAAGAAGGGAUUAUCAUUUUUUCAUCUUUGUGCAUGAAACUCAAGUAUUGUUGAACCAAAAAAAGACACAUAUGCUUUACUUGGCCUGAUUGCUUUAUUUCAUUACUUUAUGCAGUCAUCCACUAACACUGAACUACAGAUUAACAUACAGUAUUUUUCUGACUGGGUCACUGAAUAUUGUAGACAAAACACAGCAUCACACAAAGAAGCUGUUUGCCUUUACAACCAUCUACAGAAACAUUAAUAUUCAACGUGAUGUCGCACAAUAUAAUCUUGUUUGAUCCCUGUGUUUAUUUAUAAAAUGAUUAAUUUUUUAAAUUGUUGCAAACUGGGACUUCAAUCGCCAAAAUAAUAUCUAGAUUUAAAAAUUUCAACUUGAUAUUUACCUUAGUAACUAUUGAAAUACUUGUUGCAUUUUUUAAUUUAUAAACUACAUAUUGGACAAAGGUUGGAUUUCAUUAUGCUGCAUAUAUAGCAAACAGUAACUUAAAUUGAUAGCCUUAUUUGCAUUAUACUGCCGAAACUUAGCAUUGAAUGUGUAACAGACAUGAUGAUAGCGGUCUUCAGUAUUAUCCACCCCAACUCGAGCCUCUUCAGGACUUUUUAAACCUAUUAACUCUUCUUGUGACUAAUUUGUGGGUUUCAGAUUUUAACAAUAUUGUUCUACCACCAUCGAGUGUAUCACACAUUCUCACAGCAUUCCUGUGGCAGAACAAGACACGGUACAAAGCAGUUAUGGAAACACAACAGUCAGUUCUUUGAAGAGUGAUCUUCGUGAUUAUUUUGAUGUUCAAGAUUGUAUAAAUGUAUGUGUAGUUCAAGAGCCUGCCCAAAGCUUGUGCACAAAGCCAGCAGCUCAUCCUUAUCAUGUUUCCCCUCUGCUUUGAUGUUUGUCCUUAAAUUAUUUGUCUUGUAAAGACUCUGUCGUAAGACGCAAGUGUUUCGUCAUAAAGGGAGAAAUGAUUAAAUAUUAUUAAGUAUUACUGAUGUCUCAUUAGUCACAAAUGAAUGACUGCUUGCUAUAUUUUCAACAGCUUCAUUUUAUAAAUAAAAAUGGAAAAAGGGCCGAGAGUGUUUACUCUGAAAUGUCAACAGCUGAAGAACAGUUUUGUUCAGAAAUAUGUUUCAGAUACAGUGUGUGUGCUUGUGUGAGACUGGGAGAGUCAGGGUGAGAAA